GACAGAAUGGCUGGGCACAGAUUGGUGUUGGUGUUAGGAGAUCUGCACAUUCCACACCACUGCAACAGCCUGCCGGCUAAAUUAAAAAAACUCCUGGUGCCAGGAAAAAUCCAGAACAUUCUCUGCACUAGGAACCUUAGCACCAAGGAGAGCUAUGGCUAUCUCAAGACUCUGGCUGGCUACAUCCAUAUUGUAAGAGAAGACUUCAGUGAGAAUCAAUAUUUUGUCAUUUGUCCUGAUGGAUAUCCAGGCUUCUACAGUGGUCACUUACAUCUAUCAGCUUAUUGGAGAUGA